AUGGCGACAGUUCCAGGGCAGCUCGUGUGGGAGAUCGUGAAGAAGAACAACUCCUUUUUGGUGAAACAGUUCGGAAGAGGCACCCAGAGCGUUGAAUUCAGCAGAGAGUCCAACAAUCUCUACAACCUCAAUUCGUUCAAAUACUCUGGUUUGGCAAACAAGAAAACUGUUACCGUUCAACCCGUUGGUAAGGAUGUGUCUGUGUUGUUGGCUACAACGAAGACCAAGAAGCAAAACAAGCCUGCUGCAUUGCUCCACAAAUCUGUGAUGAAAAAGGAGUUCAGUAGGAUGGCAAAGGCUGUUGAAAAUCAGGUGGCGGAAAAUUACUACAGGCCUGAUCUCAAGAAGGCUGCCCUUGCAAGGUUGAGUGUUGUUCACAGAAGCCUCAAAGUUGCCAAGUCUGGUGUGAAGAAGAGGAACAGACAGGCCGUGAAGGUCUCUGGUCAACUGACAGUAGCUGGGCUUUAUUGCAUCAAAGGACUUGAAACUAGAGUUGGCGCGAGGAUUGAGAUGGUUGACUGGCUGUCCAUGCGUGACCAUUACGAUGCAAUACAAAGUUUCAUAAUUGGUUUGGUACUCACUGUUCUGGCUGCUGAUCACAAAGCAGCCAUGUCUGUAAAGAAAUCUGCGUCUUUGAAUGGUGGCAAUGCCAUUAUCAACCUUAAGGCCCAGAAAUCUUCAAGACGGAGGCGUUUUGAUCGUGGUUUCUCCUCGGUUGAACUUUCUAUGGAGCCAGGGAAGCAGCUGAAGGACAUGGAUUCCAACAAGUUGAAGGCUGAGAUCAAAAGGUGGGCUAAGGCUGUUGCUGCUUAUGUGCGCCAAAUCAGUGGCCGUUUUGGAAAGACACGUGGCUAA